CAGCCGGCCCCGCCCACCCGCCGCGUCGCGUCCGGAGUCGCGUCCCUCGCGCGCCGGUCGCCGCUGCUCCUCAGCCUGGGCUGUGGCGGUCGCGGCGGUAUGGAGGGCGAGAGCACGGUGGCGGUGCUGUCGGGCUUCGUGCUCGGAGCGCUUACGUUUCAGCACCUCAACACCGAUUCGGACACGGAAGGUUUUCUCAUUGGGGAAGUGAAAGGUGAAGCCAGAAAUAGCAUCACUGAUUCCCAAAUGGAUGAUGUAGAGGUUGUUUAUACAAUUGAUAUUCAGAAAUACAUUCCAUGCUAUCAGCUUUUCAGUUUUUAUAAUUCUUCAGGUGAAAUAGAUGAGCAAGCACUAAAGAAAAUAUUACCAAACAUCAAAAAGGAUGUAGUAGGUUGGUAUAAGUUCCGUCGUCAUUCAGAUCAGAUCAUGACAUUUAGAGAAAGAGUGCUUCACAGAAACUUACAAGAGCAUCUCUUAAAUCAGGAGCUUGUUUUUCUGUUAAUGACACCAAGUAUUAUAACAGAGAGUUGCUCUACUCAUCGCCUGGAACAUGCCCUAUAUAAACCUCAAAAAGGACUUUUUCAUAGGAUACCUUUAGUGGUUGCCAAUCUAGGCAUGUCUGAACAAAUGGGUUAUAAAACUGUAUCAGGUUCCUGUAUGUCGGCUGGUUUUAGCAGAGCAGUGAAAACACACAGAUCUGAGUUUUUUAAAGAUGAUGGAUCUUUAAAGGAGGUACAUAGGAUAAAUGAAAUGUAUGCUUCAUUGCAAGACGAGCUAAAGACUGUAUGCAAAAAAGUAGAAGAUAGUGAGCGAGCAGUGGAGAAACUACUAGAGGAUAUAAACAGAUUAAAAAGAGAAAUUAAAACAAGGAAACAGGCACAGAUUCAAGCAUCAGAAGAGAAGAGCACCUCCCAAGAUCCCCAGGAGAACGUUUUUCUUUGUCAAGCUUUACGGACCUUUUUUCCAGAGAAUGAAUUUCUCCAUUCCUGUGUUAUCUCUUUGAAAAACAGACAUGUUUCUAACACUGGUUGUACCAUCAAGCACCACCUGAGUGAGGUAAACAGCUUGACCUUGAUGGUAGACUGCACGGACAUCCUGGACACGAGUCCAGGCGGCACCCCAGAGCAGGGUAAGCGUAAAGCCUUCGACACUGAGGAUGAGUGGCAACUCAAGAGAUCACGGCUACUAGAGAGAGAAAAGAAACGAUUCGAAGCAGACAGUGAUAGCAGUAACCCAGACAGAGUCUCUCCAGUGAGCAGCCUGGAAACAGAUGACGACAUUGAGAAAAUGAGGGAUUCUGGUGAAUACCCACAGUCACCCACGUUCUGAUCCACUUCAUCCAAAAGGAGAUUUUUGAAUUGGCUGAAAGAUUCAGCUGUUUUAUUUAUGCUAUAUUUUGCUGUCUUCAGUAAUACAUGUAUGAGUUCAUUUGUUUUUACUGUAUUCAGACAUGAGCAGAAGUGUAAAGAUGGUUUGUUUUACUAUGUUCACUGGUUUGCAGUAAUACCUAGAGAAAUUUUAGUGUAUUUUACUAAGCGUUUUAAAAAUAUCAGAUGCUUCUAUUUUAAAACCAAAA